GAUUUUCCCCAGUUUCACUCGAGAGUAAAGACGCGCAUGCAAAAGGACACAUUGGGAAAGGUGUCCCUGCUGCCUUUAAGGGGCUUCAGUCAAAAUGAGUCCACCGGACCUGUCCAACAGCACAGGAGAAGGGGAGGCAUAUGACUUUCAUGAUUUGAUGCUCCAAAAUGGCUCUACAGGUUUACUUCCCCCUGGGUUCUACACAGACAUCACUAAGCACCUGUGGGUCCAGAUCACACUGAUCACAGCUUAUUCUCUCAUCAUCCUUCUGGGACUAUUGGGAAAUGCUCUUGUCAUUUACAUGAUUGUGCGUUACAAAAAUAUGAGAACUGUGACCAACUUCUUUAUUGCAAACUUGGCACUGGCAGACCUUCUAGUGGAUACCUUUUGCUUGCCAUUCACUCUGGUCUACACACUGAUGGAUGAGUGGAAGUUUGGAGCUUUGUUGUGUCACACAGUUCCUUUUGCUCAGGCCCUGAGUGUGCAUGUAUCAAUCCUGACUUUAACAGUCAUAGCUCUGGAGAGGUACCGCUGCAUUGUGUUUCACCUGGGCAGACGACUAACUUGGCAUUCAAGCUUAAUCAUCAUGGCAUUAACCUGGACCAUGUCUGCUGUUUUGGCUGCACCCUUAGCCAUAUUCAGAGAAUAUCGUCAUGAGGAAAUCCUUUCAAUUAACCUCCGCAUCUCUGUUUGCUCUGAGAUGUGGCCACAUGGAACCAGUAGUAUCAUUUAUAGUCUUUCUAUGCUCCUUCUACAAUACAUUAUACCUUUAGCAAUCAUCAGUUAUGCUUAUAUUUGCAUUUGGGUGAAGCUAAAGAAUCACAUCAGCCCAUCCACACGUAAUGACAGCAUCAACCGGCGCAGGAAAACCACCAAGAUGUUAGCGCUGGUCGUGGUUGUGUUUGCUAUCUGCUGGCUACCUUUCCAUGCUUUUCAGCUGGCCAGUGAUCUGGACCUAGUCCUCAGGUUCAAGGAGUACAAACUCAUAUACACUGUAUUUCAUAUAGUAGCAAUGUGUUCAACUUUUACCAACCCUCUGCUGUAUGGCUGGAUGAAUAAAAACUACAGAAAUGGUUUCCUCAUGGUUUUCCGCUGUGAAGACAAGCCAGAUUCAUUUCACCCAGAGGGCUCUUUUAGGACUCGGUCUACAAGAAGACAGACUCUGAAUGGUAGAAAUGGUGGUCAUCCACCAACGGCUGUCUGA